AUGCACAUCACUGCAGAGAUUUUCCAGUCUAUCAGACUUCGCUAUACAACCAACCAUCAUCCGUCCACGAUGUCUUACUCCACCAUCUCUCCCGCCUACACUUUCUACUCCUCUGCGCCAUCCGGCCCGAACGCAUUUGCGCUCUUUUCAGCCACCCAGUCGCCGCGCGACACAUACACCAUGUACGAGGAUGCCAGCCAGGCGCUUCGUCCUUCGAACGGGCACGCCGCCGCCCAGCGCAAGAUGGUCAAGUCCGGCCUGAAGAAGCUCUUUGGGCUAUGA